AACCCAUCGAGGAACGUGGAAACCCUCGACAUCUACAGGUCAAGUGAAAGAGCCACCCCCGUCCGUCCAGUUAUGUUCUAAGAACCCUAAAGCGUAUAGGAUUUCUCAUCGCCGAUCUGAUUGGAAAGGCUGAGUGAAGGAUUGGUUUCUGUUGAGUUGCAUUAUUAUAGUUUUAUUUAGAUCAUCGCGAUGGCGAACAAUACUUCAAAUGGGGAUCACAAAACAACCACGAAGCCUCCUCCGACCCCUUCUCCCCUGCGAUUUUCUAAAUUUUUCCAGUCCAAUAUGAGAAUCCUAGUUACUGGUGGAGCUGGAUUCAUUGGUUCACACUUGGUUGACAAGUUGAUGGAGAAUGAAAAGAAUGAGGUAAUUGUUGCUGAUAAUUACUUCACUGGUUGCAAGGACAAUCUUAAAAAAUGGAUUGGUCAUCCAAGAUUUGAGCUUAUCCGUCAUGAUGUGACUGAACCACUUUUGGUGGAGGUUGAUCAGAUAUACCAUCUUGCAUGCCCUGCCUCUCCAAUUUUUUAUAAAUACAACCCUGUGAAGACAAUAAAGACAAAUGUGAUUGGCACGUUGAACAUGUUGGGACUUGCAAAACGAGUUGGAGCAAGGAUUUUGCUUACUUCGACCUCUGAGGUAUAUGGAGAUCCUCUUGUGCAUCCCCAACCUGAGACCUAUUGGGGAAAUGUUAACCCAAUUGGGGUUCGGAGUUGCUAUGAUGAGGGGAAGCGUGUAGCUGAGACAUUGAUGUUUGAUUAUCAUAGGCAACAUGGAAUUGAAAUACGCAUUGCUAGAAUUUUUAACACAUAUGGACCUCGCAUGAAUAUUGAUGAUGGACGUGUUGUGAGUAAUUUCAUAGCUCAGGCUAUUCGUGGUGAACCAUUGACAGUUCAAGCUCCAGGAACACAGACACGUAGUUUCUGCUAUGUCUCUGAUAUGGUUGAUGGACUUAUUCGACUUAUGGAAGGGGAAAACACUGGACCGAUCAAUAUUGGAAACCCAGGUGAAUUCACUAUGCUUGAACUUGCUGAGACUGUUAAGGAUCUUAUUAGUCCAAACGUGGAAAUUAAAAUGGUGGAGAACACUCCCGAUGAUCCAAGACAAAGGAAACCAGACAUCACAAAGGCAAAAGAAUUGCUAGGAUGGGAGCCAAAGAUCAAGUUGCGUGACGGCCUCCCGCUUAUGGAGGACGAUUUCCGUCACCGGCUUGGAGUUCCCAGGAACUGACCGGUGAUAAUCCGGUAAAUCUUCCUCCCAUUUAAAGUUGAACAGAAGGUUUCUGCGGGGACUUGGCCGGAUUUCAUUUUUUCAGAAUGAGUGGUUUCUUUUUUUGCUACUGCUUUUGCUAAUUUUAUGUGCUGGCCAGAUAAAAAUAAGGGUGGUGACCUGUGGCCCUUUCUUUGUCUAUCUAUUAGUUGGUUAUGGAAAUGAAGAAACUCUCGGAGGAUGGUGUUUUUGCCAAUUACCCUUUUAAAGUGUGCUCUCUCUGGUGGAACGAAAAAGAAGAAAAUAUACGAUAAUGACAAUCCCUUUAUACGGAA